GGUCCCCUUUGCGCCGAAGAUAUGUCAGAGUGGAAGCCAUUGAAGCGAAAAGCCCUAACUGGACUAGAUUGUCAGCUCUUGAGAAAUGCCUCCCAGAAAGAAAUCGAACGCGUCUUCUUCAACAUCAAAGAAAUCGAAUUCGAAUCAACACACGCAGCCUUCGAAGUUCGGCAUCCAACAUUUCUUCGAACGCCACUCCCAAUCUCAGAUCCUCAAGACCGCCACAGUUCCUAUCCACCAGAACUCUAAACCAUCUUCCAUUAGUGAAACGUCUCCUCGCUCCAACACUGCAAGUGAAUCUGAAAUUGAUCGAAAAUCAGUGGCGAAUAGCACGACGGGUGCCGCUUCAGGUGCUCAAGACCCUAAGAAGGCACCCAGUUCAGUUCUUUCUAUUUCGGACAACCAUAAAAAUUCAUCGAGGUUAAAGGAAAUUAAGUUUAAUGAAGAAACUGAGAAUACGCCUCCAGAAGAUCUCCUUACGAAAUCCAUUGAUGUUGAGGUGUCCCCGGACGUUCCCAAGUCCAUAUCACUUAAGCGGUUCAAAUUCUCUCCUGGGAUGCUGAUAAAGCAAAGCCAGGAUGAUGGUGGUGAUGAAAUUACCUGGAAAAUAUCUCCGGUGAACGAAAAACUCCAAUCAGUGUCAAAGCACAUGCCAGAGAUGAUAAGAGUGUUGGCAGAUUCUUCAAGGCUCAACGCUUUGACUAUUCACAAAUGCUCACAAAAUAAGAAUACUUCUGGUACUGCUAAAGAGAUUGAGGAGUGGAUUUCUUCUCCAAGACCAAAGUCCACUGAAAGAUCUUUGUUAUCUGCCAACAAGUUUGGUUUGAAAAGGGUAAACCCGUUCCAAGAUACAGAUUUUCAUGGCACUGCAAAUGAUGUAAAUAGCGGCCUUUGUAGUCAACAAAGUCCCUUUCUUACUCCUCCAUCUCUAUCCUUUUCCCACAGUAAGCUUGCUAAUGGUGUUACCUGCAAUGGGAUAUCUGAUCAGCUAGAAUUGCGGCACCAUAAAAAGGCACUGCUUGAACUUUUAGAUCAAGUUGAAGAUGCAAUUUCUGUUGAAGACACACGAUCAAAUGGGACAGACUCAUCAUUGAAAGUUCAAAGUAAAAACAGUGAUAAGUUGCUUGGUAAGCACAAUCCUCCUGCCGAAAGAGUGUCAGUGGAUUCACCAGAAGAAGUCGCUCGGCCUUCAUCUGAUUCUUAUUUCCUUGUAUUAGAGGUGUAUGAGAAGCGUGGGUCUGCCGAUGGCUCCGGUGCUCAGCAGACGUAUAAGAUCCUUCGUUUACUAAAUGAGCAAAGUGGAGAAGAGCGAUCUGUUUAUUUGUGGGAAGACUGGUAUUACAGCAUCAUUGCUCCUGGUGAUACUGUAAAUGUUAUUGGUGAAUUUGAUGAGAAGGGAAAAUGUGACGUUGAUCGUGAAAAUAACCUUAUAAUUGUUCACCCAGACAUUCUGGUCUCAGGAACUCGGGUCGCUGCUAGUUUCAGCUGUUCUAGACGAACUGUUCUGGAUGAGAGGUUAAGAAGCAGUGAGCAUUCAACUGCAGCAUUAAUCGGUACCAUGCUGCACCAAAUUUUUCAGGCUGGACUCAUGAAGGAGUUUCCUACCAUAAAGUUCUUGAAGGAUUAUGCAAGAAUAGUGCUCCUGAAAAACAUUGAGAGCCUAUAUGCCUGUGGAGGCAACGAAAAUGAUAUGCUCAAAACAUUGAUUGAGGCUAUCCCGAAAAUGUUAAAUUGGAUUGUCGUCUUUAGAGAUUCUCAGGAUUCAAAAGCCUCCACCGUUGAUUUUGGAUCUGAGGAUGGGCAGAGCAAAGUCGGGAUAUCUGAGGUAAUUGAUAUUGAGGAGAUGGCAUGGGCCCCUAAAUAUGGUUUGAAAGGAAUGAUUGAUGCUUCUCUCAGAGUAAAAUUUCAAUCAAAGAAAAAUGAAGUGAAAGAGAAGAUUAUGCCUUUAGAGUUUAAAACUGGAAAAGUACCCAAUGGCCAGUCAUCUACAGAACACCGCGCUCAAGUGAUCUUAUACACUCUCCUUAUGUCUGAGAGGUACCUAAAGCAUAUUGAUAAUGGUCUUUUAUACUAUCUCCAGUCAGAUGGGACACAGGGAAUCAAGGUUCGAAGAUCUGACUUGGUUGGACUAAUCAUGAGUCGUAAUGAACUUGCAAAUGAUAUUCUUAAGGCAUCAACAACUCAAGAACUUCCCCCAAUGUUACAGAUUCCAAAUAUGUGCAAGAGUUGCCGCCAUCUUGAUGUUUGUAGCAUCUAUCAUAAGGCCCAUGGCGGAACUGUAGAGAGUAGCGGAUUGGGUGAAAUCUUUCAUUCGCGUGUUUCCCACUUAACAACUUCUCAUAUUGUUUUCCUUCGACACUGGGAUAGGUUGAUUGACUUAGAAGCCAAACAGAUGCAGCUUGGAAAGAAACAAACACUGCUUGCGCAAAAGUUGAAGACUGAUCAAGCUGCUAGUUGCCUUCGUUCCAUUGUUCUUGAUCCUUCAGACGAACUUCAACUUCAGAAGUCUCAUAAUGAUGAUCGCUUCAUCUAUCGUUUUGUACAUCAGCAUUCACCAUCUCGCAAUGUAGAUGCUUCUGUGGGAGAUUCAACAAAUAGUGCUUUGUCUCCUACAAUUGAAUUGGAUUGUACUCUUAGCACGGGAGACUAUGUGGUACUCAGCACAGAAUCUGGCCGUCUUAAUGUAGCAAGAGGGAUUAUAACGGAUAUUAGCCGGAAACAUGUUUCUGUUUCAUUCUCUAAGCGACUAAGGCUGCCAGGGAGCAAUCCUUCUUCUGAGGCAUAUGAUCUUCUUCAGGAAGUCUGGCAGAUGAGCAAGGAUGAAUUUAUGACAUCAUUUUCUGUUAUGAGGUACAAUCUUAUACAGCUAUUUCUCCCAACAGUUCGAAGUUCCCACCUCAGGAAGAUGAUUGUUGACCUUGAGGCUCCUAGGUUUGACAGUGGAUGUUUAUUUAGCCAAGAUCCUGCUAUAUCUUACAUAUGGUCGGAGAAGAAUUUGAAUGAUGAUCAACGUCGGGCUAUUCUGAAGAUACUUACGGCCAAAGAUUAUGCUCUAAUACUAGGAAUGCCUGGGACAGGCAAGACUUCUACCAUGGUGCAUGCUGUGAAGGCCUUGUUGCUGAGAGGUUCCUCCAUUUUGCUUACAUCCUACACAAAUUCUGCUGUUGACAAUUUACUGAUCAAGUUGAAAGCUCAGGGUAUUGACUUUGUACGUAUUGGAAGACAUGAGGCUGUGCACGAGGAAAUCCAGGCCAAUUGCUUUUCUGCAACAAACUUGCACAGUGUCGAAGAGAUUAAAUUGAGACUUGACCAAGUCAAAGUUGUUGCUGUAACUUGCUUGGGAAUUACUAAUCCCUUGCUAGCCAACAAAAGAUUUGACGUAUGCAUCAUGGAUGAAGCUGGACAGACUACCCUACCAGUAUGCUUGGGACCUUUGAUGUUUGCUUCAAUAUUUGUCCUUGUUGGCGAUCAUUAUCAAUUACCUCCCCUAGUCCAGAGUGCAGAGGCUCGAGAAAAUGGAAUGGGAAUAAGUUUGUUUUGCAGGCUUUCAGAAGCACAUCCUCAAGCAAUAUCGGCAUUACGAAGCCAGUAUCGUAUGUGUCAAGGAAUUAUGGACCUAUCAAAUGCCUUAAUAUACGGAGAGAGAUUGCGUUGUGGUUCUUCUGAAAUAGCUAAUGCCAAACUAAAACUUUCAAGUUUACGGCCUCGUUGUUCCUGGCUAAAUGAGGUUUUAAAUCCAAGCAAACCUGUUAUAUUUAUUAAUACUGAUAAGAUGUGUGCCUUUGAAACAAGAGAACAAAAGACUGUAAAUAACCCCACCGAAGCAUACAUAAUUGCAAAGGUUGCAGAGGAACUAGUCAACUCUGGUAUCGAAGGUGAAGAUGUUGGCAUAAUUACCCCCUAUAACUCGCAAACAAGUCUUAUCCGUCUCAUUGUUAACGUUACUUCUGUGGAGAUACAUACCAUUGACAAAUACCAGGGAAGAGAUAAGGACUGCAUAUUGGUGUCCUUUGUCAGGUCUAGUGAAAAUCCAAGGAACUGCUCUUCAUCACUUCUUGGAGACUGGCAUAGGAUUAAUGUCGCACUUACUCGUGCCAAGAAAAAGUUGAUCCUGGUAGGUUCCUGUGCAACCCUAUCAAAGUUUCCAUUGUUGAAGCUUCUCAUCAAUAAGGUUGAUGAACAAUCAGGCAUUUUGAGUUUGUCCAAGACGGAUAUUGACGAGAAAGGAGUGCUGAAGAGGUGUUCUCGCUUGAGAUUAUCUCAUAUUUAGGCCAUUUUUGCAGUCUUUGUUAUUGUAUAUGAAAAUUUUGGUAGUUGUAAGUUGUAACUUGUAAGCUGUAACAGUUUUAAACAAUGUGCAUAUGUAAAGGCAGAAAGAAACAGAAGUCCAGAAAAAGUUCAGAAAAGAUGUACCAUUUUGCUUCUGGAAAUGUAAAUAUUUGCCUUUCGAUAUA